ACUCUCCUGUGAAAUCAGCACACUGGGCCCUGAAGGAUAAGAAUGUGCAUCUCAGGAGGUUCCAAGGUUUUAAACUGAAAACCAAACACACUGCGUCUCUGGCAGCAGGAUUGUGCAUUGGGGAAAUAAAGAAUAAGAUGGACAAGAGAGAAUUUGGCUGAAAUCUGAUGGAUUUUGUCCAAAACUCUUUAGAAUUAUCCACUCCUCACUGUAACCACAUACUCUCAUAGCUGCUGUGAAGCCAGUUGCACAGAGACCAAAGUGGAAGAGACACUGCUUUGCCUUAUAAAACCGGCAAGAUCAAGAGUGGAAUCAGAUGGGUUUCACUGUAAUUUCAAACCAUCUGCAUUAAAUCUUUGUAACUAUAUAUGAACUGGAAGUGGAACUGCUUCGAUACGUUACCACGACCUUGGAUCAACUCUUCAAGAAGAGGCAGAACAGCUGGAAGGUUAUUUAAAAACACAUUUUUUCUUCCCUGUUUCACUUUGCUUGAGAUGAAAACAAACACUACUGGUUUUAUGGUCCUUCAGGACUCCUGCUUCAUCCAGGCAACUUCAGUGAGACAGAUAGAGCUGAUUAUUUUUGGCACUUGUGCACGACAGCAAAAAGGUAACCCUAGGUCCAGGAAUACAAGUUACACAAACAUUCAAGCAAUCCUCACAGCGGAAACGAAGGAAUUCUCAUUUAGCAGAGUGCAAAGAUAAUGGUCUCCUCGCUGCAAAGUAAUUGAAAGUGAGGCGACACAGACCUCAUCAAGGUGACAGAGAAGCAUUAGAGGAAAUGGGCGCCUUCGCAAAUUAGAAGUUGCAAUGUGCAUUUGGAAAAUCUUGGUAGCAGAGGAGAAAGCAAGGAGGAGGAGCCAGCACUAUAUGGUUGAUCCACGCAGAGAGAAAGUGGAAAGGCAAGGACAGAUCCCCAUCCCAAACAGCGAUGAGACAGUAACUCCAGAGGUGACGUUACAGACCUCCCCCCGCUCCUGAAAGGACACACUAGACAUGGGGCUGCUGAAGCAAACCAACAGCACCCUGGUGAUGGAGGAACUGGUUCUGGAUGAGAAGCUGCCACUAGGCUGGCACUCCAAUGGCAUUGCCACUCCUAGCCAGGGUCUCCAAGGUUCCAGCAGCAUCAUGAUGGACAGUACCAAGAUCCUUGGGGUCCAGGUCAUAUUGAUCGCAGCUUAUUCCUUAAUAAUUCUGCUGGGAUUCAUCGGCAACUCCCUGGUGAUCUAUACGAUAGUGAAAUAUAAAGCCAUGAGGACUGUAACUAACUUCUUCAUCGCUAACCUGGCCGUGGCAGACCUCAUGGUGGACACUCUCUGUUUGCCUUUCACCUUGGUGUACACGCUACUGGAUGAGUGGAAAUUUGGGGCUGUUCUUUGUCAUCUAGUCCCUUAUGCCCAAGCUUUGAGUGUCCAUGUGUCUACUCUAACCUUAACUGUGAUAGCUCUGGACAGGUAUAGAUGCAUUGUUUUCCACUUGGACAGCAGGAUCUCCAAGAGGCUCAGUUUCACGAUCAUAGCCAUUACAUGGUUGACUGGUGCGGUCCUGGCUGGCCCGUUGGCCAUCUUCAGAGAGUACAGGCAUGAGGAAAUCCCAUCCAUCAACCUCAAAAUAGCCGUCUGUUCUGAAAAGUGGCCUUCCGGAAAUAACAGAGAUGCCACCAUUUAUAGCCUUUCCAUGCUCCUUCUGCAGUACAUCCUUCCACUUGCCAUUAUUUGCUAUGCCUACAUCAGGAUCUGGUUCAAGCUGAAAAAUCAUAUCAGCCCCACCUCCAGCAGCGACAGCCAGUGCAGGAGGAGGAAGACAACAAAAAUGCUAGUGAUGGUGGUGGUGGUGUUCGCAGUGUGCUGGCUCCCCUUCCACAUCUUCCAGCUUGCCAUCGACCUGGAUUUGGUGCUCAUCUUCCAUGAGUACAAACUCCUUUACACUGUCUUCCAUGUGGUGGCCAUGUGUUCCACAUUUGUAAACCCCCUGCUCUAUGGGUGGAUGAACAAGAACUACCGGAAUGGGUUCCUCACGUUCUUCAGCUGCCAGAACAAGCCUGAGAGUAUCUACACGGAUGGUUCAAUUAGACGCCGGUCUUACACCUUCAAGGCCACCACUCUGAAUGGGAGCAUCAAGCACUCUGCUGGCAAUGGGCAGCUGCCGACAGAGGUAUAGAGAUGAGAAAUUCAUUAUCCACAGGGGCAGAGACUGGUUGACCCUGAACAGUUCCUCCCAGGACUGAUACCUUUUAGAAGGAAAUGUUGUGUUGCCAAAAUAUUGUAGCUACCGUAGCCAAAUGGAAGCACCUACUGUAUCUAUCAAAACAAUCAACUGUCCAUUCUGUCUUAUGAAACAGGUUAAGUAUUCUGUCCUCUUAGUUCUGUGCUUACUUGUCCAUAAGUACAGAGAGCACUGUUUGUAUGUAAGCAUGGAAACAUGUGUUGUACAGAGGAUAUUUCCAUUUAAAAAGUGAGAUGAUUCUCUUCUGCUAUUUGUUGUGAAAAAAGCUUCCAUUCACUGAAAUAAGAUCCACCACCAAUAUGGAAUCUAUUGAGACUA